CCCCUACCGGCGAGGACCGGAUCAGGCGGGGAAACAAAUCUGCAGGCCCCGCCCACAACAUGCUUACAAAUAUAUAAGAUCACAAAAUAAAGCAUUUUCACGUGUAUAUGAAAUAAGCUACAUAGAUGUAAACAAUUUAUAUGAUUUGUUAUUAUUAUUAUAUAUGUUUUAAACUAUUUAGUAUAUUUAUCAUAUAGUUAUUUAAAGGAUAGAUGUUAUAAAUUGAUUAUAUUAAAAACUACAACGUUAACUGAGUCAUUAGAGGAAAAAAAAUGUGUAAUAAAAUCUGCUGGAUCAUGGCUUUUUUGUUCUGUUCAAGAAAAUGUAUUAUUUUACCUGCAAAUGAAGUCAAUGGAGCUAAAGAAAUUAUCACUUUUUAAAAUAAAAGUCAUGUUAAAUAAAUUUUCAUGUCAAUUCUGUAGAACACCAAAAUUAUAGGAAGUGAAUGUAUCAUUUGAUUUCAGAUUUGAAUGAGAAUUUUAAUUUUUGGCUUUUCUAAACAAUUAGAAAUCAGUAAUAAGCUAUUAAAUGUGUUUUGAAUUCACUGAAUGUAUUUAUGUUCGUGCUUACAAUGUUAUUUAAUGCACCCAGAAUUCUUUAUGACUAAUUUCAAUACAUAAUGUAACACUAUACGGAACUAGAUCUAUUUCACUUCCAAUACUUUACAAGCAUUUGUUUAGUGUAGUACAUAUUGGAACUAUUUUUUCUUCCAAAUUAAAAUAAUUUUGGCAAAUUAGAUGACUCAUUAGCAAAAAAAAAAAGAAAAGAAAUUUUGUUUUAUGCGCUUAAAAUGGUGAAAAUACAUUUAAAAAAUUAGCAAUAUGGUACAAACAUUGUUUAUUACUACGAAAAAAAAAAAAAACAAUAAAAACAUUUUUGUUUUCAAUGGUUUCACCCUAAAUGCUCUUAUAAGCCUUUGUUUCCAUAAUGCAUUGUCCCAUUUGCAGAAAAGUACCUCCAAAAUAUGAUGCUUCCACCUCUAUGCCUCACAAUUCUGGGGCUAAAACUCAUCAUUUUAAUGGGAACAACUUGCAGCUUGAGCGAUUUCCAAAUUUGAUUUAUGAAAGCUGAUCACCAAAUCAUAAGUACCGUGUUAAGACAACUCAAAGGAAUGCAUUCCUGCAGGGGGAGCCUAGCUUCAUAAACAUUGGAUUAGCUCGUGACCAAUGAUGAUGCUCGGGAGAUUACUGAGACAGCCUCUAAAAACAGCUCCUGCUUCACUCAGUCGUUGGUCGUCGAGGAACACUCGCCGUGAAGACUUCAGCUGCUCGUUUGCUGUCAUGAUGGCUUUUUGCCGGAUACUUCUCAUUUCAUCUGCGGUGGCGGUCGCCUCUGUGGCAGCACACAGUUCCCAGAGGAGCAGAAGGGGUUUACUGGAGCUGGCGGGGGCCAUCAAAUGCAGCACAGGAAGAUCGGCCCUGGCCUAUAUGAUGUAUGGAUGCUACUGUGGACUGGGUGGUCAAGGAUGGCCCAGAGACCGAGCAGACUGGUGCUGCCACAGACACGACUGCUGUUACGGGGAUGCAGAAGUCCUCGGCUGCCAGACUAAAACGGCCCAGUAUCACUGGACGUGUGAGGACAGGAAAGCUGAGUGUGAGGACUUGAAGGAUAAAUGUGAGAAGAUGCUGUGUAAAUGCGACCGAGAGGCAGCCAAGUGUUUGAGAAAAGCACCUUACAUCCAGAAAUAUGCUUUAUGGCCAGAUUUCAUGUGCGGCUACGAGCAUCCAAUGUGCAAUAUUUACUGACAGAAAUUGAAUCUUCAUCUUUAAGUGCCUUUUUUGAUAGAAACAUGAGGUGUUUUUAAAUAGUUUUUCAUAAAAAUAAAAAUUAAUUUGACAAAAAACUAAAAUUAACAUAAAAAAAGAGUUGUACCAUAUUAAACAGUAUUUUAAUUAUUAUUUUUAUUGGAUUAUACUUGGAUUUUUGAUGAGAAAGUGAGAAAAUUGUAUGUUUUUCAGGUUGGAUGGGUUACAAUUUUGCAGAUGGUAUCUCAUUUACAUUAAAAGAGCAAAUAAAUAAAAUAAGCAAAUUUCUGAAGGUUUUUCUUUUUAAAAAAUAAUAAUUUUGUGAGUGAUUAAUGCUAUUUGACUGUUCAGUAAACUUUGAAAAUCGCAGAAAACAGUGUUGUGUCAAAAUCAACCAAUACUCUGCCACAUAGUGAUCAAUUGACAGUCAAGCUGUGUAAAACUUUAUUUUCUAUUAUUAAACAAGCGUUUUUCUGUCAAUCCAGUGACAGUUGGCUUCUACUUAACAAGCAAUGACUUAUCUAUCAAGUCAACAUGUAAUGGAUACUUUUAAGGUGAUGUCAUAUCCUUUCUGUGGAGAUCACAUGCUUUCUCUAAUUUGUUUGCCACAGUUUCCUCUUCUGUAUUUAAAUUAUCUAACAUACAAGGAUUUUUUAAAGUGAAGUUCUCAUUUUACCCAGCAGAGGGAGCCAUUUUCCCAACAAAACCCGUGUGAGUAACUAGAGCUACACGGAAGUGAAGUGAAAUCUUUCAUUUUCUCUAUGCUUUUAAGCUUGGAGGUCACUCAGCAAACACAGGUUCUUUGUGGAUAGUUUGAUUGCCAAGACUGAAAUGGGACUCGACACCAAGGUGGUCCAGCAGCAUGGGUCAAAGCCCCAAAACACUCAUCUGAUUGUAUCCCACCUUUGCAAGGAAUUGAAUAUUAGGUUACGGUCAGAAGAAUAAAAUUAAAAAAAAGAAGAAA